AUUUUCGUUAAUGCUGACUCCUCAGAAGGCUGACAGAGGACACCGAUUCGGGUGAACUUUAGAAGACUCCUUUUACGUGCGUAUGAGGCUCUUGCACAGAGGGUGAGCUGCUGUUUUCUUGAAAUUGAGCUAUCAUAUUCUACAAAAAGCAUGACCACAUUCAAUCAAGCAAGCAUCAUCUUCCUUCUAAUGUGUGUCGAGCGGUGCAUUGCUAAAGCAUGCAGUCAGAACAAACACGUAGUUGACUGCCCAAGCAGUGGGCUCGUCCCUGGAGGCUUCUGUCCUGGAAUGAAUCCACCGGCAUGCGAGAGACCAGAGAAAGUGUGCGUAUGCAUGAGCGGAUAUUUCCAGAGGUGGGAUGGCGCCUGCGUCCCGUACAGGGACUGCGUCUUCAGGGCCUUCAAUCCAGAAAAAUUGCUUAGUCUGGAUGAAGACCUCGUCAUGGUGGGCUUGUCAACCUCAAUAUUUGAGAAGGGCACAUUAAAAUGUUUUGUGUCCACCCUGGUUAAGCCUAUUAAGCACAAGUUCCACCGUCUGGUGACGUACAAAAAAGAAGUAGGGAGUAACUGGCUGAAAAUGCACUUUGACCUAAGGUUCUACACCUCGAGCCACUAUGGCGAAAAACUGCUAGUCAAAGAUGCAUGGAAAUCACUGCCAUACGGAAUGGAGCGUUUUUCAUCUUUGCACGCCACCAAGGACUGCAUCAUUCUGGGAAAGAUGCCUCCAUAUGGACAAAAAACGGAAUGCACCUACUGGGUUCGCAGAAGUGUUGUCGGAAAUCGCAAUUGGCAAUGUGACUUCAUAUUCGAUGCCUUUUGCAAGUUCCAAGCGAUUGUAGUAAAUAAAACGAACAUAGACACUUGCAAAUAAACGCACGAACACUUUUAUAGAAAAUAA